AUGGCUGAGAUAGUCGGAAUUGUCGCGAGUGUUGGGUCUGUCCUUAAGGUCAUCGGCUCGGCGGGCGUCUUGAUCCGUGGAAUAACACAAGCGCCUCACGAAGCACAGCAGAUUGCCAACCAGCUCGAUGCAACGAAAGCCACCUUGACGUCGUUAAGAGCUAGCCUGCAGAUAGUGCACCGAUCGGAGGAGUUUCUCAGCAUAUGGAAUGGCUCGACGCGAACAGUACUUAGUAAUAUUAAGGUUACUAUGGAGCAGUUGAAUGCGAAGCUUGAUGGUAGAGCAGGUAGUUCAGGGCGUCGGCUUAGCUUCUGGGCUAAGUCUAAAUGGCCUUUUGAGAGAGAAGAGGCUUUGAUACUUCAACAACAAUUGCAAGGAUAUAUGCAAAUGCUUGGCAUGAUACAGAAUGCUUUUCUACAAGGCACGGCACAAACAGCACAAGAAUCUGCUCAAGGAAUUGACGAUAUAAUUUCUUCCGUAGGAAGCUACCCGCUGUCAUCUGCUCCUCUGGAGAAUCCAUUUGCACUCUCCGAGGCACUAGUCGAUCGACCGGAGAGCAUGAUUUCUGAUAACGACAGCACUAUAGUUGCUGGAGAUUCUGUCUCUCAAGUUGGCGUGGAAAGGCCACCGCUAUUACUCAAUCGUAAUGAGUCAGGAGAUACAAGGUCUGUCAGGUUUACACUGCAAGAUGUACUACCUCAAAACAAAUUAUAUACAUACGGAAAUGCACAAGUCUUUAUUGGAGGAUUUAUGAGGAGGAAAGAAUCUUUAGGCACCGGCACGCUUAAUAUAGUUUUAUCAAGUUCACUCGAUCGGCUUUGGCUUGUUUUUCAACCGAAAGGUAUGGAGAAUCAUGAGAGUCGAUGGUAUUUGACCUUUAAAGCUGCCAAGAAAGUUUUAGCAGACUACGACAGGUAUUAUAGGAUUGAAAACGAACGACAUCCCGAUCGACAUUCCGCGGUAAAAUCAAUCCUGAACGUAUAUCCAGACAUGAGACAAAAGGACUGGAACUCACUCAGUAGAGACAAAAUUCUUAUUAUGGGUGUUUUCGAAUAUGUUAUAUUCAGAUACUUGCGUGAUGGAUUAGAUAGAAUGACAAAUGCUGAUCGGAAUGCGAAGCAAGCUGCUGCGAGGAUAAAGGAAUCUGCAGCAGCGAUGAAGAGUGUUACUAAAAGUCGAGAGGCAGCGAUCAGAAGUGCCUCACGAAUGGCUUAG